AUGACUGCCGUGGUGUCUGCUCCUAGUGUGCAAUCGGGCUCUCGCUUGGGAUGGUACAGUACUGGUAACGGAGGAGAAGGAGCUCUGUCUUCCGUGGACGACGAAGUAUCCCGGAUGUUUAUGCAACGGAAGUCGGUUCAGCGCUCAAACUCCUCAUCCUCUCUGGGGUCGACAACCUCCACGACUACGGUGAUCACAACCCAAGAUCCUAAUGCUGGUCAAGGUUCCGCCAGUGAAGGUACUUGGUCAUCGAAAAAGAAACCCGCAAGAAGUCCUUGGCCCAACGUCAAGUCAGAACCAGUAGCGGGCGUUACCAACGCACGAUCUCAGGCAGUCCCUGCAUUCCUAUCAGGGCCAACUGCAUCAUCUACAAUGUCCGCCAUUCACCAACCACAAUCUAUUGUUCCUUCACAACACAUGCUCCAAUCCUCACAACAGAAUGGCGUUCGACAGCAGGUCAACGUGCCCGCAGAACCGCCAGCCAUCCUGGGGUUGAUCCCAAUGAAUGGCACUUUCGAAAAGAAGCAAAUCAAUGUCCCCUUCUACCCCGAAGUUCUUCGGAUUGGCCGUCAGACCAAUGCGAAGACUGUACCAACUCCAAUCAAUGGAUUUUUCGAUUCCAAGGUUCUCUCUCGGCAACAUGCGGAGAUCUGGGCAGAUAAGACUGGCAAAAUUUGGAUUCGCGAUGUGAAAUCAUCCAACGGCACUUUUGUGAACGGCGUUCGUCUAUCUCAGGAGAACCGGGAAUCAGAGCCGCAUGAAUUGCGUGAGAAUGAUACUUUGGAAUUGGGAAUCGAUAUUGUCAGCGAGGACCAGAGCAGCAUUGUUCAUCAUAAAGUCUCAGCCAAAGUCGAGCACGCUGGUCUCUAUGGCUCGGCGCCAAACAUUCUGGAUCUUAACUUUGGAGAUCUGGACCCAGCUUCCGGUGGUGGUCUUCUUCCAUCCCCAUUGAGCCAACCACUCUCACACCUACGAGGAAGAUCCGGCAGCAAUGUGAGCAAUCGCAGUGCCCAGAGCGCUGCUAGUAGCCAACUGAAUGCCAUGCAUCAGCAAAGGCAGAUGAACUACUGGAACUCGCCCAUUUCUGUUGAGCAAGUCGUCAAGAGACUUACCGGCGAAUUAAAGCAAGCCAAACAGCAGGCCACGGAUCUACGCCAGACUGACGAGUUCCUGACCGCUAUAAUGAAGCCAGGCUACGCCGAGAAAGAGAAAGCUAGCAAGCCGUCAUCUUUUGAAAGCAAUGGACCUCGUCAAUUAAACGGACGCCCCAAAAUGCCUCGCGUCGACUCUUUCUCCCGAUUCUCAGAUCCCCCCGCCCCUCCCCCUCAGCAACCACUGCCCGAGAAACCGGACGCUCUAUCACGAAGUGCUUCGGAUGCCUUCUCACCCUUGAAGCGCAGUGAUACCGAGAAAACAAAGCCAGCUACAAGUUCUCCUGUUUCGCGGGACUCGAGCCAGAUCUUGAACCUUAUUGAGGCGCUUUCAUCCGCGAAGCGAGAAAUUGAUACCCAAGGUGCCCGUGUUAAGGAACUUGAGACUCUUGUUCUUCAAGAAAGAGCUGCUCGCGAAUCAGCAGAAGAAAAGGUCAAGAAUUUAGAGAUGCAGUUCACGCAACAAAUCAAUGGAGCAAUCCAAUCCGAAGAUAGUCCUGCUGAACAAGAGUUGGAUGCCAAUCACAAGCACAACGACUCCGAAAAACCCAAUGGCUCAGUUUUGCCAUCUGAGUCAUCUUCCGCUCCUGCAGACUUGUCAGAGCCUCCCGCCAGCGUGGACACUACAAAGCUUGAGCAUCGGUUGGAAAGCAUGAUGCAAGAAAUGGAGGAGAUGAGGAAGCAGAUGGCUUCGUUCAAGGAUCGUGCAGAGAAAGCCGAGGUGGAAAAUGACCAGUCCCGUACGUCUUUGGCGGAGAUGAUUGAGACACUGCGCCGGGAACGUGCCGAGAAGGCUCUCACUACAACCCCUGCCUCAAAGUCGGAUUCCCAAGGUCAUGACCAGUCAAAGACUGCUGCCGGCCCGGCGCCCCCGAUCGAGAAUGGCUCAGUGGACCCCGAUAAGAAUGGUGGUUCGCCAGUGAAGCACUUGGAUUCACCCUCUGCAGAGAGCAAAGAGAUGGGUGCCGCCGCUACCGCUAUGGCAACAGAGUGGCGCCGACGCCAAUUAUUGCAUGACUCAAGUCCUUAUGCGUCCAUGUUUGGUGUUGUCCUGCUUGGAGUUGGCAUCAUGGCCUAUCUCAACGGGUGGCAAAAGCUGGAUAAAUGA